AUGCUUCCGACUAGGAUGUCUGCCACCGCGCGGGCGGCGACAUUGCGAUCUCGGGCCCCGGCCCUACGAGCAACUUCUCAGCUGUUGGCUUCUCGAGCGUCGGCGUAUUCGACAGUCUCAGCGCAGACUCUGGUCUUCUCGUCAGGCCGUCGAACCACCCUCCCAUCUCCUCCCCUCUCCACGACGCAGCUAAUUUCACCAUUUGCCGCUCUCCCUUUGACCCGAUCUUUUCACGUCGCAACUACUCUCUGGCAACAGAAGCAGCAGCCAAGCCAGGAGCAGCAAAAAGAAGAAGAGAAGGACGAGGACGGAAAGUCAGAGGACAAGUCAGAAGGCGAGCAGUCCAAGGAAGAGAAGGGAGAGGAGAAGAAGGAAGACGCUCCUCCGCCACCACCGCACGGAGACAAGACCCCUUGGCAAGUGUUUCGGGAGACUCUCCAAACCGAGUUCAAGGCGUCCAAGGAGUGGAACGAGUCCACCAAGGCGCUGGCUUCUUCGGCGCAGGAGCUCAGCGAGAACGAGAACGUGAAGCGUGCACGCGCGGCCUACGAAGCCGCUUCGGGUGCCGCCCAGACGCGCACCUCGGCGGCCCUGAAAACUACUGGUCAAGUAAUUGGCAAGAGUGCUGCCUGGACAUGGAAUACCCCCGUGGUCAAGGGCGUUCGGAAGGGUGUCACCGCCACCGGGUCGGGAAUCGAGCGGGCCACGAGACCCGUUCGAGAGACUGAAGCCUAUAAAAACGUGAAGGAAACGAUUGAUGAUGGGAGCAGCUCCCGCUAUGGUGGAUGGGUUGAGAAGGAAGAGCGACGCAAGCAGCGGAAGCGCCGUGAGGAAAUGGAGGCCAGGACUGGCAAGCGGCAGUCGGGGCCCCUGGAGGAAGAUCCCGAGUAA